AUUAACCGCUUUUGACAGCGAACAUAGUCGAGCUCCAGCUAAAUCUAUAGGCACAACUCAUCAUUGUAGUGAGUGAAAUUUGAAAGUGCUAAAGUGCUAAUUAAUAAAGAAACGCUAGCAGAUCAUCCACAAAAAUGCGAGGAAUCGCUAUCGUUUUCAUAGCCUUUUUGGCUUAUUCCAGCGCUUAUCCGUUAGAGGAGCAACAGGUCAGUGUUCAAGUACCUGAAAGCUCUGUACAAGUGGAAGCAUCCGAAAAGGAUGCAGUACUGCCCGAUGCAUCACAAAUUGUAAAAAUUGUAGCCGUGCCGCUAGCAGUGCCAUCAAAUGCUCAGCAACUUUUGGAAGUUGAUGCGGGGGGUUCGGCAAGCAUUGAAGGAUCUCGUCAAGCACGUCAGUUUGGCGGAUUCGGUGGAUACGGCGGCUAUCCCGGUUAUGGUGGCUACGGUGGAUAUGGUGGCUAUCCCGGUUAUGGUGGCUACGGUGGAUUUGGUGGCUACGGUGGUUAUGGUGGUGGCUUCGGAGGUUACGGAGGCCAUCGACAUCAUCAUCGUGGUGGCUAUGGUGGCUACGGAUUUUAUGGCUAAAAUGUAUGAGUUCCUCUCAUUAAUUGUGAUAAAUUAUGUAAAAGUCAAAAGUGUGUACACUAGCAUCUAUUUAUUUAAUGAAAACACUGAAAUAAAAAAUUUAUGAAAUCGUUAUCGAAAAGGAAA